ACUCCAAAUCCGCAAAGCAACCAAGUAAAAACCCUAAACCCUUCUUGCAAAGAAAGUCCCAAAGAAAGAGAAAGAUGAACCACAUUGCAGGUGCUGAAGAACAAAUUGUGACGGAAAGAUUAAGAAGAAAACUCAAUGAAGUUAAUUCAUCUGCCCAAAAACAACUUUCUGGGGUUCAAGAUCACAUCAAUUUCACUCUCCAGCAAGCAUACUUCAAAUGUGCAUAUAGUUGCUUUGAUAGGAGUCGAACACACGACGAAAUAAGCAACUGUGUUGAGCAUUGUAGUGUUCCUGUUUUGCAAGCUCAGAAUCUUGUUGAAGGUGAAAUGGCUAAAUUUCAGGAAAGGUUGCAAAGAGCUUUAAUGGUGUGUCAGGAUAGGUACGAGUCCGCAAAGCUACAACCUGGGCAAUCAAAUGCCAUGAACGACCUCGAGUCCUGCGUUAAUCAGUCAAUUGACGACAAUGUCAAGACUCUUCCAUCCCUUGCAGAAAGAUUGAAGACCACCCUUGGCAUGAAUGACAGUACUUGAGGUUGCUCUAAGGAUUUUGUUUGACAUUGUGCUUCGAAAUAAAUUUGGAAGACUUCGAGGAUGUUGAAUAUAUAUAGUUCUCGAUUUUUAGCUUAGUUGAGGAGAAUGAUUUACAGUUACAUCGUUUUGCGAGCCAUUUUGCACAUUGGCAUGUGGGUUAUCAAUGUCAGCUGCGUUGUUGAUCUGCUAUACUUAUUCGCAAAUGUACAAGCUACAACUCGGAUGAGCAUUAGAUGAUACACUUUUUUUUUCAGCCAAAUUCGGAAUACAUUGCUAAGUUUGUCAAGUUCAUGGAUUGGGAUUGUACAUGACAAGUUUAUUAUGUAUCAAGUUUCAAUUUGACUA